AGUUGACAACCCCUGAAACGAAAUUGAGAAUAAAAAGAGGAUCUUCACUAAGUAAUUUUAUUCCAUAGGGUGCUUUUGUUUGAUUUAGAUCCAGGAUGUUUCUAAGGUUUCUGGUGCUUCUCAUUUCCUUCAGUCACGUUCUUGCUGCCGAAUCGUGGAGAAAGCCAGGAUGUCACCGCAUUGGACAUACGAGGAACAUCAGCAUCCCAGACUGCCUACCGUUCAACAUCACCACUAACGCCUGUCGAGGGUUCUGUGAGUCCUGGUCUUUGCCCAGCAUCAUGCUAGGGUUCAAGCGGCACCCAGUCACCUCACUCGGCCAAUGCUGCAACAUUAUGGAGUCAGAAGACGUGCAAGCCAAGGCCCUUUGUUUGGAUGGCGUACGAAAUCUAGUGUUCAAGUCGGCGGUAUCUUGUGCCUGCUACCACUGCCAAAAGGAAUAAAUAAAUACAUAGAGCAACACGGACCACCCGCGGACCGUUAAAAUAAACCUGGUCAAUUUUAUUUCCAUAAUAAUGAUUAAAAUAUUGAAUUAAAAUUAAAAAGUAGGUAAGGAAAGUGUAACUUGUUUGCGUAGUGAUAAGUACUUACUUUAUAGACAUAUCGAUUAAAGCAGUCAUGUUGAAAUAACGACCUUUAUUUAAGUAUACAGCAUUUAUUUCUGCUAUUUUUUGCGCGCUCUUAAAGGUGAACGCGCUCCUAGCCUAGACCGUAGUAGGCAGGUGCGUGACCCGCCGCACUCGCCGAAGUCAUCGCGGCAAUAUGCAGCUCCUGCGGAACGUUGGAAGGCUAAUCGGGCACUGUGGUC